AACUUAUCCAAGUCUUUUUAAAAAACAAAAUAAUUAAAAUUUACUAAAAAGAUAUUUUUUCCUAAAACACUACGAACAAUGAUAAAUCAAAAAAGUUCAUUACAUUAUUAUUCGGAUGGGGAUAUCUUGAUAACAGUUAAAGGAAUUACGUUUUGCUUGCAUAGAAAUAUUUUAUCACUUUGUUCAAAAGUAUUUCAAGAUAUGUUCAAAUGUGCGAAAGCAAUAACACCGUCCAAAGAAGAAAGUUCAACAGAAAGAAAAUUACCAGAAAUAUCAUUAGAUGAUGAAUCCUCAGAAAAAUUUCAAGAAGUUUUAUCAUAUAUCUAUCCAGGAAAUUAUCAACCAAUAACAUGGCAAAACGUAGCGGGAUUUCUUAAAUUAUCAGAUAAAUAUAUGAUGGAUUCAGUUAUGGAAGCAUCAAAAGUAUUUUUACAACAAUACUUCAGAGAAAAUCCUUUAUUAACUUUAGUAUUAUCAGAACAGUAUGAAUUCAAAGAUUUAUACAAAGAAUCUUCUAAAUUAGUAUUAGACCAAUUACCUGCAUAUCAAAGAUUAACGGGGUUCAAAUUUCUUUCAAGUGAUUCUCGUGCUGCUUUACUUGAAAAACAUAUGGAAUAUACGAAUUCUUUGGGUAGAAUUGACGCUGAAACUUUUGUACCAAGAUUUAAUCAUAUUAAUAAUCAUGUAACAAGGCAUCUAAAGGAUUUUAAACAAAAGUUAAGCCAAGUUAUUAGACAUUUACAAGUCUUGCCAAAUCCACCUCCUUCUAUUACUUAUAAAUUACUUUCUAGUUUGAUAAAAGAGAAUAAUUGUGGAUAUAUUAAUAUUCAGUUUCAUUUACCGCAAAAGUUUAAGAUGUUUUUUGAAAAUUUUGAACCAUUGGAUUGUGAUAAUAUUAAAGACGAACCUGAUUAUUAUAUUUUUAUUGAAUUAGGCGGCAGAAGGGGUGACACGGUAUUUUAUCCACUAUUAAUAAUAUUAAAAUGUUGUAAUUAG